UCGCUACAAGUAACGUAAUUGUCAUGGACAAUAGAGACAGGGGUCAAUUUGUUUAAAUUGAAUUAAAUGUAAAAGGCUGUCGGAACGCUGUGUCAUUUGGAUGAGUUGCGAGUGAGUGUGUGUGUCGGACAGCCCUGUCGCUGCUGCUGCUGCUGCACUCACUUCCUGGUUCAAAAGUUUUAUUUAGAGGAAGACUCCGGGGGGAAAGUUAGCCACUGCUUUGGGUGUUAUUUCGCCGUGAAGUCAUGGAUAGUAUGUAUUGUACUUUUUUUUGGCGUGAAUAGCGUGUAAUUGCCGCUUGUUUCAUGGCUGGAGCUGAUAGACGCCGGCAACACUGAGAGAUGUCCAUGGCUAACAUUAGCGACAACACCAGAGGGAAGUUUCCCCUGCACUCCGCUGUGUGGGAAAAUGAUUACAGGAGACUGGAAGAGCAAAUAAAGACACCACAGAAUGACAUAGAGGCUGUGGACCCCAGAGGUCGGACACCUUUGCACCUGGCUGUGUCUCUCGGACACCUGGAGUCAGUGAGAGUCCUUCUGAGACAUGGUGCUGAAGUGACGAAAGAAAAUGCCAAGAAUUGGACAGUGCUGCAGGAAGCAGUCUCCACCGGAGAUCCAGAGAUGGUUCAGUUAGUGCUUCAACGCAGAGACUACCUCAAAGCCUCCACUGCUCUGGGAGGAGUGCCUGAUCUGCUUUCAAAGAUCAGAGAGUCUCCAGACUUCUAUAUGGAAAUGAAGUGGGAAUUCACCAGUUGGCUCCCUCUUGUGUCCCGGGUUUGUCCAAGUGAUGUCUGUUGCAUCUGGAAAAGGGGCGCCUGCUUGCGAGUGGAUGCCACUCUUUUAGGCUUUGAAAACAUGACCUGGAUCAGAGGCCGUAGGAGCUACAUCUUCAGAGGAGAGGGCUCAUGUGCAGAGUUGAUGGAAGUCAACCAUGAUGAUAAAGUGGUUGAUAUUGAACGCUUCAACAUAUCCCAAGAAAUGGAAGAUGUCACAUUAGAGUCGAUGCAGCCAGCUGAACAGGAAGUUGCAAAAAGGUUGACAACACCAAUUGUCAACACCUUCUUGGACACAAAGGAUAUUGCUUUUGAGAGGUGCAAGGCUGGGGUUUGGGGCUGGAGAACUGACAAAAAUGAAGUGAUCAACGGAUUUGACGCAAAGGUUUUCAGCGUCAACAAUGUGAAUGUUGUAAUCAGGACGAGAACAGAGCAUCUAACAGAUGAAGAGAAAGCCAGGAUUAAAAGUGAAAGGAACAUCCUGGAGUCUCUGCUGGGAACUGUGGAGCAGCACAUAAGUGCACAGGGGGAUUUAACUCUUGAGUAUGCAACUGCAACAAAUCCCACUGCAAUCACUCCAGAGGAAUAUUUUGAUCCUGACUUUGACCUGGGAAACAGAGACAUUGGACGUCCUAUUGAACUGAGCAUUCGGACUCAGAAGUUCAAAGGUACAUUAUGGAUGAGUGAGGAACACCCUCUGUCUCUGGUGGAGCAGGUGACGCCCAUCAUUGACCUAAUGGCUCGAACCAGUUCCCACUUUGCACGGCUACAAGACUUUGUAACACUGAAGUUUCCACCGGGAUUUCCUGUCAAAAUAGAGAUUCCCUUGUUUCAUGUGCUGAAUGCCAGGAUUACAUUUGGUAGUGUGAAUAAAUGCAGCAACGAAGAGGAAGCGUACGCAACCCCAGAGACCACGCCAACAUCAUCAGGAGAGGAUGAAGCAUCUUCAGAACCCCCUCCCUUUCAGGUGUGUCCUUCAGUGUUUGAGAUACCUGGGAACUACCACCGCCGAGGAGGCAGUCGCCACAUGCCUAUAUCUAACAAUGACGAGGAUCUUUUGCAGUAUGCCAUCCAUCAGAGUCUCCUGGAGUCUCGGAGAGGACCAGACCAGGAGGGGAACUGGGAUGAUGCUGAUGGAGAUUUAACAGAAGUAAUGCCAAGAAGCAAGAGUGAUGGGAGUGUCCCUGAGGGAGUGCUGGUGGAAUAUGCAGACACCUCGAGCCCUGCCAGCUCUCCCUCUGCCUCCAGCCCAGACUCAGAACUCCACCUGGCUAUGGAACUCUCUGCACGAGCACAACAGGAAGAGGAGAGGUUGAGAAAGCAGGAGGAAGCGGACCUGGAGAGGAUAUUGCAGUUAUCACUCACUGAAAAGUAAAUGGAAUAAAAGGGAAUAAUAAUAAUACAGUUUUUUCACAUGCAGAAGCAACAGAAACACCUCAGUUUUCCUUCCUAACGGCUCUGUCUCCAUCUAUGCAACAACAGAUUUCCUUCUGAAAUGGAUCAGCCUCAUACAGGCAAUAUUAAACUCCAUUAUUCUCCAAAACAUAUUUUUGCUCAAGUCAUAUUUUUGUUUUUAAUAUACAUAUAUAUAUUUCUGUCUUGGCAUUUGGUUAUAUUUGACUUAAAUCUAAGAUUGUUUGAGACCAUUUUCUUUGGGGUAUUUUUUUCCUUUUUUUUUUUCUUAUUUAAUGUUUGUUUUUUUCAAGUUCCGACUACCAACAACAUCCAUGUGUUCGUGUUGUCUAGAAUGGGAUUGAGUGUGUAAAUGAGCUUCUAUGAUUUGGCACUCUAAUGUAGCACUGAGGAUUUUUUUUCCCCCUCGGUACUUGUUGCCUCAGAUUUUGUUGUAGAUUGAAAACAUCGUAGCACAACAGAAAGUUAAAAGUACUGUGAACCUAGGAGGAUCGGUUUGAGUGCUUUCAAUGUGAAGUUUUCCACCAGAGUCACUAUUUUGAAGAAUCUAGGGCUCAUAGAGUAACCGAAAUCUCAGGGUGUCAACUUUUUAACUAUCUUGUCUUCACUUGGACGUCAUUUAUCAAAUGCAAAACUGUUGGAAAUUGUAGCCUGGUAAAUGUUUUGGGGCAAUAUGGUACCAACCAUACAUAUCAUUCUAUGCUAUAAAUUGAUUUCAAAAGGUUGGGGUUAUACAUAUUUCCAUGUACUUUGUGACUGUAUACCCUACAGGUGGGUAAACAAAAGUGUAUUGCUGUGAAUGAAAAUUUAAAUUAAUCGUAUGGUAACCUGUCGUUGCUGCAACUAAGAUGGAUAUUCAAAUAUCUCGGCCUAAGUUUUAAUAUCGCUCCCUCAUUUUGAGGUUGUAAAGGAAUUAUUUUUGUAAACUGUCACUGAGCAGCUUCACGGCAAUUAAAAAAAAAUGCAAUAGCAGAGACCGGUCUGUCUGUGGAUUUACAACCACCAUGCGAUUUAGCAGUAGUUACACAACUACUGUAGCAGAGAUUACUUAAUUUCCCAAGGACAUUUUGCCUUUUAUAGCCAUGAACAACUUAAGACCUCUGAGUGGUACAAAAGACAUUGAAGACUCAGUAGUUUCUUCAGCAUGUGCCAAGGGUUGCUUUGCUCUGAAGAUGCUUUGUGAGGUCGAGGCGUGGCUGCAGUUUUAUGGAGUGCCACUUAGACUAAUUUUUUCAGUGUACAUUUUUUAACUUUCUAGUUCUCGGAAACAAGAUGCAAGGCUUUCAUUUGUAACAGAUUGAUGCUGAGCAAUAAGCAUUAACCACUAUCGUUGAUUUCACUGACAACCAACCACUUUUAAAAGGUCUCCGUGUAGCUACAUCAGAAGCUUCACCUCAGCAACUAAUUGUUAAAACCAAGUUGCCAAACUGCUGAACAGUCAACUGUGUAAAGGCUAACUAAGGUUAAUUUAAUGCAUAUAUUUACGCACUGUUUUAAGAUAAUCUUUUUUGUCUGUUUGUUUUUAUGUUGAGAUUUUAAGAGACUGUCUGAAAAUUGUGUUCUAAAAUAAAAGCACUUUAUUUCCCUGAA